AUGAUCAGCUGGCCCGUCUCAUACGGGAUAUUAUGGAGGUCGGGUGGCCCGUAUAAUACGGAAUUUGUCACUGAAGGGGCUCUGUUCGAGGGUCAUUUGUUGGAAAGAACAAUGUGCCACAUCUUUACAAGUCCCUCGAGUGCAUAUGGGGAGCAGACGCGAGCGACACGCACCUGUAACGCUGCCCUAUACAACAUGACCACAGUAGAAGCAGCGCAUAUUGCCUAUGGCUGCUUGCAGGUUCGUUUUGGUAUUGGCGCCAAGAACACUUGGUCAGAAGUCGACGGCAAUUUCAACUAUCGGGACUUCUACAACAACAUUGUCGACCUCAUCGAAGAUUCACCCAAUCCAGAAUGGAAAGACGAGCUCCUCAGAGCUUGGAACAUGAAAUUAUUCAAGAACGAAGAAGGCCGUGAGGGUGACUCUAUCACUAGUAAAGAUAACAACAUUUCUAGCACCUCUCAUGAAGGAAGAGAUGACGAUCUAGCACGAGUCCAUGCCCAAAUGGCGGCUCGUCAUGCAGCCAAAGCAGCUCCAGCACAUCCUCCUUCUCCCCCACCUUCCCUUUCACCACCUCCCCCUCCUCGCGAGUCAACGCCAGCUCGUCCUUCCGAACCAAUGCCUUCUCGCGAGACAACUCCAGUGCCACCUCCUACUCCCAGGCUGGUUGCUACUCCCAGGCUGGUUGCUACUCCCAGGCCAGUUCCUACUCCCAGGCUGGUUGCUACUCCCAGGCUGGUUCCUACUCCCAGGCCGGUUCCUACUCCCAGGCCGGUUCCUGCUCACAAGCCAGUUCCUACUCCAUCUGCACCAGCACCUGCGCCUCCUUGCGAACCAACACCAGCCCCUCACGAACAACACCAGCACCUUCUGCUCCCAAACGAGUUUCUCCUCGCAAGCUUCCAGCUCCAUCAGCACCAGCACCUGCGCGUGCUGAGUCGCCCACCCCCAGUCAAAGGUAAAUGCAAGGCCAAGAAGGGGAGCACCAAGGUCUCUAAGCCAAAGUGUGGCAAGGCUGCCCCAUCUGCAGAAGCCAAGCCAUGGAGAAGGUCAAGGAAGUAG